AUGGCGUGCCCCUCUCAGGAGCAGGAGGCCCCCGAGGAGAAGGGCUCCUCUGUGUCAGUGUGUGCGUGUGCAGAGAGGCUGUUUGAUGUGAGUCAGAUCCAAACCCAGCCUGCUUUCUAUCACACGUGUGUGGGACGAAUCCAGAUGGCUCGGCAGGACCGCACAAAUGUCACUCUGAUAAUGAGACAACAGGGCUUGUACGGCAGGCGCAGACUUGCCAUUGGGUCAUCGCAGGUCACCGCCUGGUUGCCAUGGGAGCAGGCGAUGAAGGAAAAGGCACAGCUUCUCCUGAGCGGCUCCGAACAGUGA